AUGGCGCAGCCCGGAGGAGGAGGCGCAGGCUAUGCCCCUGCAGUUGCAGUGCCUGCUCCACCGCCGAUUGGACAACCGAAGGGUGGCGAGGGUUCUGUGCCUGUGCCGCAGGAGGCUGGAGGUGCUGCUGCUGCUCCACCAGCAUCUCCAGCGGCUGCAGGUGCUGCUGCUCCACCUGCAUCUGCCGGCCCUGCGGAAGCAGCAGCAACUGGCUCGUCGAUCGGUGCUGGACCGUCACCCUUACCUCCUCCGGUUCCUGGUGCUGGUGGUGUUAUGGCCGGCGCCCUGGCUGGAGGGGCUGGAACACCAGCGUCAGUCGUCAAAUUGGGAGGCGCCGGGAGCACAUCGGCAGGCUCAGGUGCCGUGAAUAAAGUGUGUGGACCCGGGAGGCAUCGAACGGGCGACGCUGAAAAGCUGGAGAAAAUGAUUGACAAAAUGAACGAGAUCAAGACAGCCAUUCAGGACGUCGGCAAAAACCUGCAAGAAGGGAAUCUGCUCCAGAGCAAAGACCUCAUGCAACGCGAGCGAAAGGAAGCGGAGGCCGCAAAUACUGCAUUAGCACUGCAGAAAGCGGUAAAGCUGUGUUUUUUGAUGACUCUUCAUGUUUAGUUUUCUAUACGGAACAAACUACGGAACUACGAUGGGAUUGCAUAUGUAUUGAUCGACAUCAAUUUCAAGAUGACACCACAGCACCCUGCAUUACAGAGUCAUCACUUUUUCAUCUUGUCCCACAACUCAAACAGACGGAGAAGUCCAGGCUUCGUCGAGCGGCGGAGUAUGCAGCAGGCAAGGCGGGCGCGAUGUACAACGCCUUGAAGAACUCUUCUCUGGCUCAAAAAAUGCUGCUCGGCGGAGCCGGGAUCGCCGCUCUAGCAGGCGCGGGUCUGAUGGCUCAGCACGCCUACGAACACCGAAAGCGAAAGUACGAAGCGCUGCCGGGAAAACAAGGCUGGCAGUGUUCGGUGAAUCCGGAGGAUUACGAAGAGGCUGACGCAGAACUAGAUUUUUUAUCCCGUGCAAAAGUAAGUACGUAAUGAUCGCACUGUAUGUGCUGCGAAAUCCGGCACUGCAUCGCAACUGCGAACGAUCUUGAUGUGAGUAUGUGCCUUUAAUAGCAGCAUGUUCUUGGGUGGAUCAACUCAAGAUGAAACAAAAUUUCAAAUAAUUAGAAUCUUUGCUAUGCACGGUGCAACGACCGUAUAGCGGUAUGGUACUUUUGCAAGGGAUAAUCUCGCCUCAAACAUAAGAUCAAAAUCGUUGAGAACUACCAGGUCCAGAGUCUGGCGGACAAGAUGACUGGGAACGUUGGCACAGUGGGUUUAAACCUAGGCACCAUGGCCAAUCCCGUCGAUAUCGUCGGUUCGAACGCUUUUGAUCCCACCAAGGCGGACCUUGGCUUGACGAAUGCGGCGGGAGAGGACUCCACCAAGGCGAAGAGCCUGAACUUGGACUCCUUGAAAAGCAUGGACCCCUUUAACCUUUCCAAAGUGAAAGGCGUCAUUGGUCUUCUCGAGAUCCCGUUCCCGUAUGCCGCGAUGGGAGAGAGAACGAGGAGGGGGGCCGGCGCGAGAUCAGGAACUCUAGGAAGCGGAUGCGCGAAGCGAAAGGACUAUUUGCGUCCUUCCCACCCCGUCGUGCUCGCGGAAGAGCCGCUGGUGUCGGCAUCUUCUCCAACCAGAACGGGGAAAAAAAUAUUCACUGCGUUUGCAGCAGAUGCAGGAUCAGGAACAGACACUGCAGGAUCAGGAACAGACACUGCAGGAGCAGGAACUGCAGGUGCUGCAGGAGCAGGAACUGCAGGUGCAGGAGGAGCAGGAACGACAGGUGCUGAUGUAGGAUCAGGAACUGCAGAUGAUGCUUCUACAGGUGCAGGAACUGGAGAUGCACCAAAAGACGAGAGGAGCGUACAGCAAAAGCUUGACGAAGAAUGUAGCACUGAUGGUGAUAUUCAGUCCGUCAAGUGCAAAACGUUGGUCGGGGAGAGGCUAAAGGAGUACAAGAUAGUGAACAACCUUAAAGCGUUUCCUUUUGCAAAGGAAAUCGAGGAGCUAGGCAACCACUAUCGGCGCAUAUCACAGAAACUCUCACAGCGCAUUGGUGAAGACGAAUUAACGCCUCAAGAACUACCGGAGAAAGAGGUGCCCGAAGAACCCCCGAAGCCUUAUGAGAACAUGGCGUGCAGGCUCUACUUUCGCGGGGAGAACCUACCGGAGCGGGAUGGGUUCAAGAUGCAGUGUCCGGAGACGACACCAAAGCUGAACUGCGAGGCGCUGUGUGCCGGCCCGGAAUGCACGGAAACCGACGUCAGUCAUUGUUGUAUACCGGCAAACCAACCUGGGCACUGCGCUAAUGAGGGCGGAUCGAGCGGAACAAAUGCGCCACUCAGCUCAUUGUUUUCCCUGGCAAGCAUCGUCGACCAGGAGCAAGCAGAAUCGCGCGACGUUCAGGACGUCCCGCCGCCGAGCACCGAGGGCUUCGAGAUCCACGGCCGAACCUGCAUGCCCGGCAAGCCACUUCCUGGCAAAACGGCGAACCAACCGAAAAUGCUGCGCCCAAAAGUCCUCGGGCCGGACCAGCUGGAACCGCGAAACAAAUUGAUGACCCGAUGCAUCCACGAGUGCGCGUACGAUCCGGAGUGCAAAGGCAUUGACUUACUCCAGCCGAGCUACGCCGUCAAGGUGGCCGUCGCAAGCUUUCCGGAAGCUUCGGGGACAUACGUGUUCCACCCAACCCCGAAGGCCGAGGUAGCAAAAGCAGAAGAAGGCGUUGCUAGUGGAGGAACUGCGGGAGCGGCUGCAGCUACAGGUAGUACUGCGGCGGCAGAGGGAGGUGGGGGCGAAGGAGCAGCUGCAGCGUCAACGGCCGAGGGUGCAGGUACAGUGGCUGGUGCAGGAACGACGGGGGCGGCGCCCAGUACAGCUACUAGCGAGCUCGAAAUAGGCUCUGAGAGAAAUGUCGGCUUGGCAUCUGCAAAAAAGCUCAAUGAGCAAAUGCACGCCAUCAAGGAAAAAGAUCGCGUAUUAUUGAAGAGCCCGCCCGCUGACGUCCUGCAACCUAAUUUGCAAAGUAGUUCUUCAAGCUCAACGGAGGCGCGAGCAGAGGGACUGACCACAAGCUUCGCUGAAGGCGACGGAAAUACUGGUGCAGCCACGACAACAACUACAGCAGAAGGCUCGUCUGGGACAGCGGCCGCGGCUACUGGGACUGCAGCUUCGAACGAUGGAGGCACACCAGCUGCAGCCGGUGCGGAUACCGAGAAGAACGGGCCUGAAGCUGCGGUCGUGGAUUCUAGUGGUGAACCCCCGAAAGAUCCCGUGGUGCCGCCAUCUGUGACACUGGCGUUGCCGAAGAAGCCGGGUUGGUGGGAAAAAGUGAUGCCGCGAAGCCCGCCGGCUGCAACCGGAGGAGGCGGCGACGACACCGGAGCGACCGCAGCGGCGGGGCCAACUAAGGGCUAUCGGCUGGUGCAGGGCAAGCAGGGGGAUCCGUUGUCGCCGUGGCAGCUCGAAGAACUGAAGUGGACGGACGCCGAGGCCUCUCACCCGACGGUGGUACCGACUUGGCCGGCAGACAAGGCAUCCACCACAAUGCGCGUGUUGGCAAAAAACCCAACCGUGUACCCGGAGCCCCAGAACUUCCUGCCACCGGAAUCUGGGUACAACGCGGAAAAAGGCAUCACCGUCGACUUCGCGGGCAUGCAAACAAAAAUGUUGAAAGGUAUAAAAAAGAAACUUGGAGAUUCUUUCCAAACCUGGACCUGGUAGAAAGGUCCAAGUCUGGACUCUUAAAAAAAUACUAAAUACUGAGUGAAGUUGUAGUUUUCACACUUGUAGUCAUUCCAAGCGCUAGCUAGAUUUGUGUUGUCGGUACCGGUAGCAGUUAGUACUGGUCGCUCUUUCGCGUUGUAGUAAGUAGUUCGUUGACUUUCUAUACUGUCCAACUAACUUCCACCCAGGUGCUGGCGGCAUGAGUUGCGAGCUAAUGGGAAGCAUGGACGAUGCGGAGCUUCGGGGCCUGGGGACUGACACCUCCUCGGCCCGCCACGAGCAGUGCUGGGUGAAGGAUCAGUCGUUCUGGGUCGGCAAAGAGCCCGACGUGGACAAAUCGUACUGCGUCAUCCGCGAGGACAUGGUGGACAGUGUGCAUCAAACCGUCGCCAAGGCACGGUCGCGGUUGGACGCGCUCGCACCGGGCGGUACCCGGGACACGACCGGUCGCGCGGUGUGCGAGAUCACCUCCGUGCCCCUGGAAACGGAUCCGCAGAAGCAACUCAAGUUCGAAAUCGCGAAGUUGCUCGACCCCGAAACCGCGGACCAGAAGGAGCAAGACGUGCGCGACGAGGCGCAGGGAUGGAACUCCCAGUGGAAAGACGAGGAGGAGCUGGCGAAACUGAUGCAUCGUUGCAAAACCACGUGCAUCAAAGGCCCACCGGCGUACUACCUCAAGUGUCAGCUCAACAACGGGGAGGAGGAAGGAGGCACUGAUCCAAUCCUGGAUCUCAGACUCAAAGCCGGGGGUGCGGCGCGUGGGCUUCUGGCUGCAGCAGCUGGUGCUGGUGCUGACGGAGGCUCGGGCGCCGGCGCAGAUGGGGGCGGACAGGUAGCUGGUGACGGCAAAGGUGGUGCAGGUGGAGCAACUCCGACUGGUACUACUGACGCAGCGGGCGGAAGUGCAGGAGGAGCUAAAGCCGGAACGGCCGCCGCGGGAACGACUUCGGCGCUUGAAGUGUCAGUGGAAAAAGUCGCCCCGCGCUCAAUAACCGCUUCAGCUCUUUCAGAAAGUAAAAGUUCUUCAAGUCUGUCAUCCCCGCACCGAGACGAGCGGCCACUCAUGUCCGGGUCCUCUAGCAACUGGCCGAUACACGAAAAGUUGGAGAGAAAAGCUCGCAAAAGUAAAACAGACUUUGCAGAAGGCGACGGAGAUGCACCAGAUGCAGGAGCAAGUGCAGCAAAAGUGGGAACAGCUGCGGCCGAUCAAACCACAGCGGCCACGGGAGAUGCGACCGGUACUGGAGACACCGCUUCUGCGAAUGCGGCACCAGGUUCGAAAGCAAUGUUAAAAACUGCAGGAGCUGCUGGAGGAACUACCCCCGAGCCACAGCCACCGUUUGGCCGCUACAAAAAAGUUGCCGCGGUUGGGGAAACGCCGCAGUACUGGGCUUUGGAAGA